AUGGCGGGUUCGGCGGAGGGGAAGAAGGGCGGGGUGCUGCAGGGGCGCUACGAGAUGGGCCGCGUGCUCGGCCACGGCAACUUCGGGCGGGUGCACAUCGCGCGGGACCUGAGGACCGGGCGGGCCGUGGCGGUCAAGGUGGUUGCCAAGGACAAGGUGGUGCGCGCCGGCAUGGUGGAGCAGAUCAAGCGGGAGAUCGCCGUCAUGAAGCGGGUCUCCCACCCCAACAUCGUCGAGCUCCACGAGGUCAUGGCCACGCGCUCCAAGAUCUACCUCGCCCUCGAGCUCGUCCGCGGCGGGGAGCUCUUCUCGCGGAUCGAGCGCUCCGGCCGCGUCACGGAGGACGUCGCGCGCCGCUACUUCCGCCAGCUCAUCUCCGCCGUCGACUUCUGCCAUGCCCGCGGCGUCUACCACCGCGACCUCAAGCCGGAGAACCUGCUCCUCGACGAGGCGGGGAACCUCAAGGUCGUCGAUUUCGGCCUCAGCGCGCUCGCCGACCACGCCCGCGCCGACGGGCUUCUCCACACCCUCUGCGGCACGCCGGGCUAUGCUGCGCCGGAGGUGCUCCGUGACAAGGGCUACGACGGCGCAAAGGCCGACCUCUGGUCCUGCGGCGUCAUCCUCUACGUGCUCCUCGCCGGAUCCCUCCCGUUCCCGGACGACAACGUUGUUACCAUGUACAAGAAGGCGCAGCGCGGUGACUACCGAUGCCCGCCGUGGUUCUCGACGGAUGCGCGCAGGCUCAUUCCCAAACUGCUCGACCCCGACCCCGACACCCGCAUCACCGUCGCGCAGCUCGUGGAGACGCCGUGGUUCAAGAAGGCGUCCAUCGCCAAGCCCCUAAGUCUUGAGCCGCCAGCAUGCGUGAAGGAUGCCGGCGACAAGGACGAACCCGAGGCGCUGAACGCGUUCCAUCUGAUAUCCCUCUCCGAGGGAUUCGACCUCUCGCCACUGUUCGAGGGCCACCCGGCAAGCCGGCGGCUGGAGGGCGGCAUGCGGUUCGCGACGCGGGAGCCAGCACGGGGCGUGGUCUCCCGUCUCGAGGAGGUCGCUGCGCGUGGAGGCGGGCGGAUGCGGGUGACCAAGAGCAGCCCGGGGGGCGUGCGCCUGGAGGGCGCGGAACGCGGCGGGCGCAAGGGCCGGCUCGCCGUGGCCGCCGAGAUAUUCAGCGUGGCUCCUUCGGUGCUCGUGGUCGACGUCAAGAAGGACGGCGGCGACACCCUCGAGUACCUCUCGUUCUGCUGUGACGAGCUCCGGCCAGCCCUCCAGGACAUUGUCUGGGCUGCCGACCCUCCGGCGUCUGUCUGA